AUGAAGGCCGGCGCCAAGUCGCCGCACGCAUCGAGUCGCCGGCGGUCGUCGUCAAAAGAGGUGUCACCGCCGAUGACGCCGGACCCGCUCCUCCUCGCUCAGCUCCAGCAGCUCCAGCUCGCGCAGCAGCUACAACAGCACGGCCAUCUUCUCAACUACCCACCGAUGGUCUAUCCUGCUCCAACCAUGACCAGCAGUCGCCCACUCAUGGAGGAGCCAGCACCGAGUGCGCUCAUCCUCCAGCAGCUCGAAGCGAAGGAGUCACGCAUGGCCCAGCUGUCGGCGCUUCUCGAGGCCGUCAAGCACGAGUCAUCGGGCACGACCGAAGCCAUGCAGCGGAUGCUCCACGAGCUUCAAACGCUUCAACAAACCAACGCAAGCCUCACGUCCGAGCUUAGCAGUGCCAAGGAGGCGCUUGUAGCGCAAGACGCGGACCAUUCUGCGCAGCUACAGCACAUGCUGCGCGCCGUCGACGACGAGCGCCGCGACGCCCAAGCGCGCUUUGACGCGACCCUUCAAGAGCGAGAGGGUGCGUAUGGUGCGGCGCGCCAUGCGCUCGAGUGCGAAGUCGCCGCGCUCCGCAGCGACAAGGCUGAACUUAGCACCGAAAUCGCGCAGCUCCAGACCCAUUGCAAUACGCUGCAGGAAGCGCACUUGGCGCUCGAAAGCCAGCUACAGGCGGCUAUGCAUGACAGCGACUUGGCCAAGGACGAACUCGAGAGCUACCGCGCCAACAUGAACCUCAAGCUCCACGACGUCGAGGCCGAGAAGCAGGAGCUAGCGCAGCACUUGUCGGCGACGUUCCAAGACCUCGAGCGGGCCCGGGCGGCGCUCGUGGAUGUUAACAACAAUGCGGCACAGCUAUCGGCUUCGCUGGCGCAGAACGACGAGUCGUGGCAGCGGACGCUUGAGAGCUUGGAGCGCCAGCGCGCCGACGAUGCCAAGGAGCGGGCGGCGCAAACCACGACGAUAAAGGCGCUUGAAGACGCCCUGCAAAUGGAACGGGGGCAGAAGGAAGAACUCAACACUGCGAUGCGAAGUGAGCUGCAGCGCUACAGUGAUGAGAUGCUCGCACUUGAUGCACAACACAGCAGCAUCGCGCAUAGCUUGCGCUCCGAGCUCGAAACGAGUCAGGUCUGCCUGCUGCAGGCCAAAGCCGAACUCGCGACGCUGCACGAUGAGACCACGCGCCAGGCGACCGCCCACAUCGAGGCCGCGCGCCAGCUAGAGAAGACGCUGGCCCUCAAAAGCGAGGCGCUGGAAACGCUCGCCGAGUCGAACCAGUCGCUUCAAAACGAACUCGAUGCGGCCAACUUGAGGCUCGCGAGCCUCACGAGCGAGCUGGAUGCAGCACAUUUUGCUCGACGCACCGUCGACGACCGGCUUUGCGCGCUCACAUCGACACUGAAGCAGCUGGUGGCGCUGCUUGAAUUGAAUGCGUCGAUGGUUGAGAAUGACCCGACAUUGAUCGUUCCCGCUGUCUCGGAGCUAGCGACUUUGGCAUCUGAGCGACAUCAACUUUUGAACGCGCUCCAGACCCAGCAAGCCCAACAACUCGCGGACGUAGCAGCGUGGGCUACCGAGAAGGAACAGCUCGCGGCACAAAUCGCUGCCAAAGAGAGUGAGCUAUCAAGUGUUCAGCUCGACUGCGCCACGCUCGCUUCGGAGCUCCAGUCGCGUACAGCCACCCAGGCCAACGAGGUGACGGCCAUCACGCAAACGUGCGAAUCCAAGGUCAUGGCCUUGGAGACAGCCCUGCAAGCAGCCACGCUGCAGACAAUGCAGUUCUCGCGCUCAGUCGAGACGCAGAAGCAGCGCAUGCACCAGCUCGAGGACGAGAAGCGCGAUCUUCUCCAGGCAUUGUGGACAACCAUGUAG